AUGAAACUGGUGUAUCAAGAUAUCGAUAAAGACAAUGAGGGCGGUGUAGCCCUCAUUCCAGAAGAGCCAGAAGAUAUGUGGCAUGCCUACAAUCUAAUAUCUGAAGGCGAUUCAGUUAGAAGUACCACCAUUCGUAAAGUCCAAACUGAAUCGUCUACUGGCUCUUCCUCUUCUAACAGAGUGAGGACCACUCUGACCAUAUCCGUAGAAAACAUAGAUUUCGAUACUCAAGCCUGUAUGCUAAGACUGAAAGGCAGGAACAUUGAGGAAAACCAAUAUGUGAAGAUGGGUGCUUAUCAUACAUUAGACUUGGAGCUGAAUCGAAAAUUUUCAUUGAGGAAGCAGGAAUGGGAUUCUGUGUGUCUGGAAAGAAUUGAUAUGGCAUGUGAUCCAACUAAAACUGCUGAUGUUGCAGCUGUGAUUAUGCAAGAGGGCCUAGCCCAUUUGUGUCUUAUAACAUCCAGUAUGACACUAGUGAGGGCUAAAAUUGAUGUGAACAUACCUAGAAAAAGAAAGGGCUUUGUACAACAACAUGAAAAAGGCUUGGCAAAAUUCUAUGAUAAUGUGAUGCAGGCAAUCUUGAGGCAUGUGAAUUUUGAUGUUGUCAAAUGUGUCUUGAUUGCUUCUCCUGGAUUUGUGAGGGAUCAGUUUUAUGAAUAUAUGUUCCAAACUGCAGUUAAAACUGACAACAAAGUUCUACUUGAUAACAAAUCAAAAUUCAUGUUGAUUCAUUCUUCUUCAGGUUUCAAACAUUCUCUCAAAGAAAUUCUUCAAGACCCAGCAGUAAUGAGUAAAAUAUCAGAUACAAAAGCUGCUAGUGAAGUUAAAACUAUGGAGACUUUUUAUACAACACUACAGUGUGAGCCUGCAAAAGCAUUUUAUGGAAAAAAACAUAUUGAAAUGGCCAAUGAAGCACAAGCCAUAGAAACUUUGAUGAUUUCUGAUAAGUUAUUUCGCUGCCAAGAUGUCAAACUCAGGAAAGAAUAUGUUAGAUUAGUUGAUUCUGUAAGGGAAUCUGGUGGUGAUGUCAAGAUUUUUUCCAGUCUACACAUCUCUGGAGAACAAUUGGAGCAAUUGACCGGUAUAGCAGCCAUUUUACGUUUUCCAAUGCCAGAAUUAGAAGAAGAAGACAGUGACGGAGAUUGA